AUCAGCGCACUGUAAGCUCAAAGAAACCGGAAGCACAUGCUACUGUGUUCAUCUUCUGUAUUCAUCCCUGAUAUGUCACGACACAAGCAGACUUUGGUUUGUUUAUUUGUAGACUUUUAGCCACAGAGAGGACAAGAUGGCAGCGAUAGUGGCUUCACUUGUAACCCACACGGAGCUGGAGCCUGACCGCGGUGGGAGCGAAGAGGAGAGCCGAGGGGCCGCCGAGGCUCCGGAGGAGGGCGGCCAGCAGCAGGCGACGGUUCCCGCGGCUACCGGGACUCACAACCGGUUGUCCAAACUCCCGCUGGCCCGCAUCAAGGCCUUGAUGAAGUCGGACCCAGAUGUGUCCCUCGCCAGCCAGGAGUCGGUCUUCAUUAUUGCCAAAGCCACGGAGUUGUUUGUGGAGAUGAUCGCCAAAGAUGCUUUGGUGUAUGCACAGCAAGGGAAGAGGAAAACGCUGCAAAGAAAAGACUUGGACAACGCAAUAGAGGCUGUGGACGAAUUUGCAUUUCUGGAAGGUAAAGGUGUGCAGAUGCAGCGGGAUGUGCAGUGCUGCAUGUUGUACUCCCACGGCAAGGUGCGCACCAAGGACGUGCUGCGGUUUGAGGUGCAGACAGAAGGACCAGACUGCAGCAUACAAGCCAUCAUCCUUUACACCAAAAAGGCGGUGAAGUGUGCUGACCCCAGGGACCGUAAGGUGAAGAGGUUGCUGAGAAAGCUCUUGCAGAGACAGAGAACCAAGGCCCAUCGAACAAUGUGGCUUCUUCCUCACGACAACCUGCCUGUCAUGACAGAGGAGAGAAAAGACAACUGGGCCAUUCUUAAUACGGAGUGAUUGCAAACUGUCAAAUAUGGAGGACAAGAAAUAGUCAUAGGCCAAGUAAACUCUCUUAAAAGCAGAGUUAGAGGACUUCUCCGGAUGUCUCAUGUCUCUAUAUAACCAACUAUCCGUCUCCAGUGGACCAGACCUGGGCAGCAAUAUCUAUUUAAAUGGCUUUACAUAUUUCAAAACAGGAGCGAGGGAUUGAAAGAUUCGCAAAAUGAGUGAGGAGGAUUUUUUUUUUUUUUACAUGUAAGAUAAGUUGUGGAUGUAAAAUGGCUCUUAACUGUUAUUUGCCGGAAGUGUCUCCCCGCUCUCUCUUCAUCCAUGUAUGUGGCUAAUCUGUGGAAAUGUGAUGUUUUUUAAAAAUGAUCAAUGAGCGGUGAUUUGAAUAUUGUCUUCGUACGUGCUUUUCUGUGCUGGUUUGUAAACUUCAUUCACACGCUCCGAGUAGUUCAGGUUUUGUGGAGGCGGCGUGGAAUUUAGGGGACCUUUUUUUGUAUGAAUUCAAUUAACUUGCACCUUGUUUCGUACAAUCGUACAAUCCAGGUUUCAGAGCUCAGACUUUGACCUCCUGUUUGUGACUGUUACGCCACAUAGAGCAGGGGUGUCCAAACUUUUUCCACUGAGGGCCGCACAUUGAAAAAUUGAUUAAUUAAUUGAUAUUUUCCAUUUUCAAAACCAAUAAAAUAUUUAUUAUAACAAUUAAGGCUCCUCUCAAUUGUGAUGAGGGAAUCAGUCAUUAAAGCAUUAAAAACAAGUCAUAUAUAUAUAUAUAUUAUUAUUUUUAAACUUUCAACACUAAAAUAUUUAUAAACCAACUUAAGAUCUAUUCGUUGAUAUAAAAUGUACAUUUUUUUAUACUCUUUUUGUCAAAGAAAACCUAUUUUUUAAAGGCCAAAUACAAAAUGUGCAAUAUCUUCCCCCAAAACAAAUUUGUAAAUUGAAUAUUUUAUGUGAAGUAAUUGGAGCCAUACAUAAGUAAAUAAUUCAUAGCAACAUUGCUUUUGCUUAAUUAUUAUUUUUUGAACAAUUAAACUUUAAGAAAAAUCUGACAAAUAAAAGGUAUCUGGAUCUAAAAGUCCUCCCACUCAUAAAAGUAUUAAAAAUCGCUCAUAUAUCAAUAUAUGUUAUUUUUACUUAAACCUCUAGAUCAAUUGUUCUCAAAUUGUUUGGACCAAGUACCUCAGAAAACACUUGGCUCUCCAAGCACCACCAUAAUGACCAGCAUUAAAAUACAGUAGCCUAGUAGGCUUAAAUAUUCAUUAAAAACAAGGCAGGGGUUUUAUUUAACAACAAUAAAUAUUUAUUACCUUUGGCCACCGUAACAUUACACACAGUUUGAACAGUAACACUGUGUUGGAAUAUUUAAUUAAGUAAUUCUUUGGCGUACCACUCGACGGAGCCUGCGUACCCUAACACAGUUUGAGAAUCACUGCUCUAGAUCAACUUCAGAUCGAUCCGUCAACUAUACGUUUUUAUUCAUGUUUGAACAACGCCAGUUUUAAAGUAAUGUGUUAAUAUUGUAAUAUUUUCUCGUUACAUUUUGUUUCACUUUUUAUGUUUUUUUCAAUAGCUUUUUUUAAAUGUGCCGUGCCCUUUAAAAAAUGAGCUGCGGGCUGCAAAUGGCCCUCGGGCCGCAAUUUGGACACCCCUGACAGAGUAUUAAAAAAAGCAAUGUUCUAUAUUGACUGUUAAUAGCGUGGAGUCUUUGGAAGCAGCUAUUUCAACAUGGUCACCACCUAUCACAUAGUCGGCCAUUAAUCUAUGCCAAAGUACUCAUCUUGACUCAUCCAUUCAUUUCCAAGGCUGUGACAAGGCUGUUAAACAUUAUUGUAAAAGAACAUACUAUAUGUCAAGUAAACUAUUUUAUAAAAUAACCUGAAAUAAUG